GAGAGGCUGUGGGGAUGACAGAGCAAGAGCUGGAAACAAACAUCAGUGAAGAAUGAAGGCUUUAGUAUGUAUACUGCUGCUGUUGGAAACCUUUGUGUUUGUCGUCCAGCAGCAGGUAGAUGGAGGACUCAAUGAGAAGGAGAUCAGUCAACAGAUCAGCUCUGAGGACGGAAGACAGAAUCCACCUCAAACAGACACUUUGAGAGCUGAAGCUUCAACUGACAGCCAACAAUACUGCAAUCUGGGCAUCCCUGACAUCCAUGCAGCACUGAGAGAACUGACCGCCACCGUUACAGAGCAGAAAGAAAACAUCAGAGAACUGACCGCCACCGUUACAGAGCAGAAAGAAAAGAACAGAGAACUGACCGCCACCGUUACAGAGCAGAAAGGAAACAUCAGAGAACUGACCGCCACCGUUACAGAGCAGAAAGAAAAGAACAGAGAACUGACCGCCACCGUUACAGAGCAGAAAGAAAACAUCAGAGAACUGACCGCCACUGUUACAGAGCAGAAAGAAAACAUCAGAGAACUGACCGCCACCGUUACAGAGCAGAAAGGAAACAUCAGAGAACUGACCGCCACCGUUACAGAGCAGAAAGGAAACAUCAGAGAACUGACCGCCACCGUUACAGAGCAGAAAGAAAUCAACAGAGCUUUAGAGACACAACUGAGGGAACAACAGACGUUUAUCCUGGAAGAGCUGAACAAGAAAAAUGAAGAAAUUUCAAAUCUUACUCUGAGUCAAGUGGAGUUGAGAAAGGAAAAUAGAGACAGAGAAAUAGCUUUUUCAGCUACAAUGAUGGAAUCUGGUCAUGGAUAUAUUGGUCCUUUUUCCACUGAAAUCACACUAACCUACAGGAACGUCUUCACAAACAUAGGGAACGCCUACAACCCAAUUACAGGUAUUUUCACAGCCCCACUGAAAGGAGCGUACAUGUUCAGAGUCUCUGUAUUUGGUGUUGGCCCAACUGUAGCAUCUGCAUCCAUUGUUAAGAAUAGAGAGCAUGUGGUUAUAGCUCGUGGUGAUCAGGCUCAGGGUGUGUUAAACUCCUCAAAUGGAGUUGUGUUGAUCCUGGAGGUUGGAGAUGUUGUCUAUGUGAGACUUUGGUCUGGCACGAGGAUAUUUGAUAACGGGAAUAACUACAACACUUUCAGUGGUUAUCUACUGUUUCCCUUAAGAUAACAGGAGCUUUGCAGAAUGUGAUUCCAAUAAUUCUGAACCUUCAGUGUGUGAUUUAAGAUGAAAAUCAUGAAGAAUCAUUAACAUAUGAACCUGUAUUAAUGAGGACUAAUGUGCGUUUGAAAUUUGCAAUAGAUUACUAUAUAAAAGUCUGAUUUGUCUAUACAUGUAAGUUUGUAUAAAGUGUUUCAGCGCUGAGACAGACAGAACCCAUGAAUAUCACGUGACUCUAGUGUUUUGUUAAAGUAGUAAACCUACACUGCAAAAAAUGUUUGGUUUUUUUUAGAUUUUUUUUAUUUUAAGUCCAGAUAUCUACAAAUUCUUAAAUCAAGAUGCAUUUACUAGAUAAGUAAAAUGGCAUAAGAUAUGUCUUGUUUUCUGAAAAUUCAGUGAGUUUUUGCUUAAAACAAAUCAACUGCUAAUGGGGUUAUUUUAAAGGUGCCAUAGAAUGCUUUUUCACAAGAUGUAAUAUAAGUCUAAGGUGUCCCCUGAUUGUGCCUGUUAAGUUUCAGCUCAAAAUACCCAAAAUAGAUUUUUUAUUAUUCAAUUUUUUAACUGCCUAUUUUGGAGCAUCAUUAUAAAUGCGACGAUUUAGCGUGCGUCCCCUUUAAAUGCUCGCGCUCCCCGCCCCCGAGCUCGCGACUCUAUAAUACAUUGCAUAAACAAAGUUCACACAGCUAAUAUAACCCUCAAAAUGGAUCUUUACAAAGUGUUUGUCAUGCAGCCUAUCGUAUCAAUGUAAGUAUAGUAUUUAUUUGGAUGUUUACAUUUGAUUCUGAAUGAGUUUGAGGCUAUGCUCCGUGGCUAAAGCUAACAUUACACACUGUUGGAGAGAUUUAUAAAGAAUGAAGUUGUGUUUAUGAAUUAUACAGACUGCAAGUGUUUAAUAAUGAAAAUAACGACAUGGUCUUGUCUCCGUGAAUACAGUAAGAAACGAUGAUAACUUUAACCACAUUUAACAGUACAUUAGCAACAUGCUAACGAAACAUUUAGAAAGACUAUUUACAAAUAUCACUAAAAUAUCAUGAUAUCAUGUUAGUUAUUAUUGCCCCAUCUGCCAUUUUUCGCUGUUGCUUACCUGCAUAAAGUCUGUUGAUUUAGCUGUGCACAGAUCCAGACGUUAAUACUGCCUGCCCUUGUCUAAUGCCUUGAACAUGGGCUGGCAUAUGCAAAUAUUGGGGGCGUACAUAUUAAUGAUCUCGACUGUUGUGUCACAGUCGGUGUAAUGUUGAGAUUCGCCUGUUCUUCAGAGGUCUUUUAAACAAAUGAGAUUUAUAUAAGAAGGAGGAAACAAUGGUGUUUGAGACUCACUGUAUGUCAAUUCUAUGGCUUCUUUAAGGUUUUUUUUCUUACCUCAUGAUUAAAGAUUUUUUAUUUUAUAUUAUUUGUUUCAUUUUUAUGUUAAAUAAUACUUUUAAGUGUAUAUUGUUACUGAUCCUUGAUCUGUAUUUCUUCAUCCUACAUAAAUAAAGAGAAUAAAGAGA